GUGUUAACUAUUAACAGAAAAGAUAUACGGGGAAUCAUACUGCUGUAUUUUUUAGCUAAAAUACAGGAAAUUCUAGGCUCUGCAUGCCCUGUGCAAGACCUAUUUAAUAUUGCCUUCGGAAUAAGUGCUGGUAAAUAUCCAAGUUUCCCUAGUUUUUACUAG